AUGGCUACUCAACCCUCCAAUUCUUAUUCGCUCCCAAGUGCUCUCCCUCACAACUCCGCCAUCAAUUCCCAUCAAGUUCCCCAAAAUACCUCUACAGCCAAAUCCUGGCGCAAUCGAUUCAAUUCCUUAAAUAUCAGUAAUACAAAUCCUACAUCGCGUAGUGCGGAGGCGCCCAAGGAAUAUGAUGGUCUGCAGGCAGCGAAUACAAAUGCUUCCGCGAAAAGCAAGCAUGUCCCGAAAUGGUAUAAAAUUAGAUUUUUUAGAGGCAUGGUCAAUGAUUUGAAGAGAAGGGCGCCAUAUUACUGGAGUGAUUGGACGGAUGCUUGGGAUUAUAGAGUUGUGCCGGCCACGAUCUAUAUGUAUUUUGCGAAUAUCUUGCCUGCAUUGGCUUUUUCUUUGGAUAUGUUUACAAAGACGAAUAUGAGUUAUGGAGUCAACGAAGUCCUCCUUGCUUCGGUCUUGGGAUCAGUGGUUUUCUCUGUAUUUGCCGCUCAACCUUUGGUUAUUGUAGGGGUUACCGGGCCAAUCACUGUGUUCAACUAUACUGUUUACGAUAUUAUUGUUCCCACGGGGGCAAAUUAUUUUGCAUUUUUAGCACUAAUUGGAUUAUGGUCUCUAGUGAUGCAUUGGAUACUCGCCAUUACCAAUUCAUGCAACGGACUUCGUUAUGUCACGCGUUUUUCUUGCGAUAUCUUUGGAUUCUACGUAGCUUUCAUCUACCUUCAGAAAGGUAUCCAAGUCCUUACCCGUCAAGGCUCGGGUGAGCCGUUUUACCUUUCUAUUGUUAUUGCUCUACUCGUCACCAUCGUUGCAUUCUUGUGCGGUGUUGUUGGAGACAGUCCAUUAUUUCAACACUAUGUUCGAGUUUUUAUCAAAGAUUACGGAACUCCUCUUACUAUCAUAUUUUUUACUGGCUUUGUACACAUUGGUAAGAUGGGAGAUAUAGAUCUAAGUACACUACCUACCAGUAGAGCCUUCUAUCCGACAACCGAUCGAGGAUGGUUUGUACAUUUUUGGGACGUUAGAGUUUCGGAUGUUUUUAUUGCUAUACCAUUUGCCAUUUUACUCACAAUCUUGUUUUACUUCGAUCAUAAUGUAUCUUCUCUGAUAGCCCAAGGAACUGAAUUUCCCCUUCGAAAGCCUGCUGGUUUCCACUGGGAUAUUUUUCUCCUUGGUCUAACGACCGGUAUAGCAGGCCUGUUAGGAAUUCCUUUUCCGAACGGUCUUAUUCCACAAGCUCCAUUCCACACUGAGUCUCUUUGCGUCACCAAACUUGUUGCCGAUACCGACGAAUCAGGAGACUCAAAGGGUCAUCUCAAAACAGUUAAAUCCCACGUCGUCGAGCAACGAGUGAGCAAUCUAGCCCAAGGUCUCUUAACCCUAGGAACCAUGACUGGCCCACUCCUCAUAGUCAUUCAUCUCAUUCCCCAAGGUGUCUUGGCAGGUCUCUUCUUCGUUAUGGGUAUCCAAGCUCUCCUCGGCAAUGGCAUAACUACUAAAAUUCUCUUCCUUCUCAAAGAUUCCUCUUUGACUCCAUCGUCUGAUCCCUUGCGACAUCUUCCCCGCAGAUCGGCCAUCUGGAUAUUCGUCGCAAUCCAACUCUUUGGCUUUGGAGCCACGUUUGCCAUCACACAGACAAUCGCAGCAGUUGGGUUCCCAGUCAUCAUUUUGGCGUUGAUUCCUGUUAGAAUUUGGGCACUACCAAGGUGGUUCACGAAAGAAGAAUUGAGUGUAUUGGAUGGAGCGACAGCGAGUCCGUUUACGAUGAUUAGUGUGGGGGGUAAUCAUGGAGAAGAGAUUGAGGAGGAGGGAUUCUCGACUGGUGCUGAUGUUGGUCGGGAGGGUGUACUGGCGAAUAAUAAUUCUGGAGAAAGUGGAGAAAAUGGGAAAGGAGUGCUGGAAACAGAGGGUGAUAGUGAUGAAGGACGAGCCGAGCGAGGAGAAUUUCAACCCGGUGGUCCUGGUUCGGGAAUGGCGAGGAGGAGAGAAAGUUGGAAAGGUGAAGGGAGGAGUGGGGGGUUGGGCGAGGGUAUGGAGUUGCAGAAUCUAGGCAUGAGUAGGAGGAGUGUCAGUCGACAAGCCGAAUAG